CUCACACGCAGGUUUCGGCGGGAGGAGGAUCGAUGGCGUUCAUGCGGUACCGUGCGCUGCCGCAGGGGGAGGUGAAGGCGGAGGAGUUCUGGGCGUGGCUGGGGCAGUUCGACGCGGACCACGACGGCCGGAUCAGCCGGGAGGAGCUGCAGCGCGCGCUGCGGAGCCUCAACCUGUGGUUCGCGUCGUGGAAGGCACGGGGAGGGGUGCAAGCCGCGGACGCCAACCGUGACGGCGCCGUCGGCAGGGAGGAGGCCGGCCGGCUCUUCGCCUACGCACAGAGGCAGCUCGGCGGCAAGAUCACCCAGCUCGGCUCCUACUGAUCAAGCUGGGCAUGUAUUAACCUGCUGCUGUAACUACGAUCGUGUGUGGAGCACGAGAUUUUUUUUUCCCCGAAUGAUGUGGAGUAUGAGAUGGAUAUGUUUGUGUUUUCGCCUUUUCGGAGUUCUUGGGACAACUUUGCAGUGGUUUCCCAAGAGUUUCCUACUUUGUAUUUUCAGCACUGCGAACUCUAUGGAGAUUUGCAGAGUUGUGAGACAUGAUGGACGUUUCUCCAAGCUCUGUUGAUUAUUUUGCUUAUG